AUGGCAAAGAAGAAAGAAAAAUCAAAGGAUGACAGAGAUGAGGAGGAACGCAUGAAGAGGAUUAUGAUGGCGGCGACAGGAUAUGAAACCGUUGAAGAAGCUAGACAAAAGCCUUCGGGUGGGGUCACUCGCGAUGGAAAAGCUGUCAUUUCUGCCAAGGAAUUCCUAGAAGAUAUGGAAGAUGAAGUGAACCAAGAUGUGGCGAAGUCGGGGGGGCGUGAUAUCGUUGCUCCAAAUGAGAAGGACGACAUGAAAUUGAAUUCUGUCUUGAUUGGAGGACCUGCACCCAAGCCUCCCGAACGUCGCAAAGUGCUGCACUCGCAGUUGGCUUCAACAUUACACCAUUCUCAUACCAAGUCGUCGGGAGUAGACCAAAGUAUGAAUCUGAUGGACCCAAGCUUGGCACGAAAGGGCCAUCCGGCCGGAAAAGGUAAAACAAGCUUGACGACAAGGCUGUUUGGUGAUUCCGGAUUUUCCAGCAUGCACGAUGCGGAUCCAAGUGCUGAUUCGGAAGAAUUUAUUCUAGGGAAGCGUCAUAUGGUCCGAUACUACAAUUUCAUCUGCUUCCUUGUGGUUUGCAUUCUUUUUAUGGUUGGCGGUACCCUGUUGACGUUGACCAUCAUGUCAAAGCAAGCCCCAGAGCCGAUCGAUCAAACAGCCCCGGAUGGUUCAAAAGACGUUGCUGACUUUGGUACCCCCAUAGCGAGCCCAGUUGCUGCUCCUGUUUCGGCCCCCGUUACCGCUCCUAUCGUUGCUCCAACACCAAGCGACACUGCAAGUCUCGGUCGAUUUGAAGCAAUCAUGACCCGAUUGGUCGAUACUGGUUUUGCAGAAGAGUCAAAGCUUCGAAAUGCAGUCACUGCACAGUACAAGGCGUUGGAUUGGCUGGUGAGUCACGAUCCUGCAGCUUUGGACCCCUCGUCCAAGGCCCUGCUGACACGCUAUGUCCUUGCCGUCUUGUUCUACUCGACAUCUGGCCGGGAACCAAAAUCGACGGACCCCAUCAGAACAAAUUGGAAGCAACACACAUUGUGGCUGACCGGAGACAGCUGCUGUGGAUGGUACGGAAUCAAAUGCGUGGACGCCAACGACUACUUUACGACGGAAGGAAAUGGCAAAAUCUCGCAAAUCAACCUUCCCGAGAAUAAACUCAAGGGUACCCUUCCUUCCGAGCUGUCUGCAUUGUCGGGUUUGAUUUCGUUGAACUUAAAAUCAAACUCUUUGAAAGGCGCCAUACCUACUGAGUUCAAGUUUCCGGCCAUGAAGGACAUUCAUUUGGAUUACAAUCAUCUGAAUGGAACUAUCGGUUUGCAACUGGAAUUCAUGACGGAGCUUCGUACCCUGUCCAUGCCUUACAAUGAGUUGACGGGAAGCUUACCUGCUACCAUUGGAUUUGCAAACAAACUACGCUACAUCAAGCUUGGAGGGAACCGAUUGACCGGCUCGUUUCCCGCUUCCAUUGCCAAUUUGACAAAGCUUGAAACCAUUCACGUCUCGAGAAACCGUCUAUCGGGCAGUAUUCCCGACGAGUUCUUUGAAAUGAAGCGUUUGGUGAAUGUGAGCAUGUCACAGAAUCUAUUCGAAGGCAAGCUCUCGCCGAAGUUAUCCCAACUGAGCCAUUUGCAUGAGCUUCAUUUGACCGGAAAUGACUUCUCUGGAACAGUUCCCGAUGCCUUUGACAGCAUGAUACUUUUGGCAACGUUGCAUCUGGGCGAGAACAGACUAUCGGGCGAAGUUCCAACUUCGCUGGGUUCUCGUCAUCGAUUGGAAAAGCUGGAUCUGACGGCCAAUGAUUUUGUUGGUACUAUGCCACAAGAAAUUUGCGACCUGCAGCAGACCGGAAAACUUUAUCAUUUGGGUGCUGACUGUGUCACAGGUGAUACCACUGCAUUGGACGUGUCCUCCUUUAACGACAACCGUAGACAUCGCAACCGACGAUUGGUCAAGAUUUCGCGACCACCCAAGGAUGAGCUCUAUAAUGACGAUCCGGAUGCUGGGAAACCAAGAGUCCGCGCUGGAACUUCUCGUUUGGGUGGCAGCUUUGUAGAAGAAGAUGAAGACUCUGAAGAAGAUGCUGACAUUGAAGAUACCGAUGAAGAAGUCAUCGCGGCUGGGGAUUUUGUAUACCUCGAAGAAGACGGGACCGUCGAAGACCAGGAUGGAAACGUCAUUGAAGGAGUGGAUCUAGAAGAUGCCGACAUUGAAGAUGCUGAUGAAGAAGUAAUCGCGGCAGGAGAUUUUGUGUAUCUCGAAGAAGACGGGACCGUUGAAGACCAGGAUGGAAACGUCAUUGAGGGGGUAGAUUUGGAAGAUGCUGACAUUGAAGAUGCUGAUAUCGAAGAAGUCAUCGCGGCAGGGGAUUUUGUGUACCUCGAAGAAGACGGAACCGUUGAAGACCAGAAUGGAAACGUCAUUGAAGGAGUCGAUCUAGAAGAUGCUGACAUUGAAGAUGCCGAUGCUGGCCUCGAUGCUGACCUCGACGCUGAUGAAGAAGUCAUUGGAGAGGGUGACUUUGUUUUUCUGGAUGAAGACGGUCACAUGGAGGACAAAGACGGAAAUGUCAUUGAAGGAAUCGCCCUUGAAGAUGUGGAAGAUUUGGAUGCUGACGAAGAGGAAGAAAUUACAUUGAAGAAUAAUAGAAUUGCAACACUUGGCGAGUCCGACGAUGACCACGAAGAUGGCAUCAUCCAUUUUACGCAACCAAUUCUUAAUAAAGAUGAAAAUGCGGACGGGGAUGCAAAAGGCUACAAGAUUGCCUAUGCCAGUCAAGAAGUAAUCAAAAUGGAUCCUCCUGCUGGCAUGGAAUUCAACGGAAUCGAAUGUCCGUGUUGCACCUUUUGCCUAGCUGCAGCAUCGUCGCCUGAAGAACCAAUCGAUUUACCAGGAGGCGACGAAAGCAGUUUACCAGAAGAUGAAGAGAUCUUGUCUGCAUCAGCGAGUUUUGCAAAUGAUGAAGACCCCGGUGGCUCCUCGGAAUGCGUGGACGCCAUCAAUGAAGGCACUGCUAGUAGCGAGUACCCUGGGCUAGUUGGUAUGAACGGACAGGAAGCAAAGAAAUGCCUGCAAAUGAAUACAGACAAGACCGUGCUAUUGGUCCGACCCGGUGUCCGAAGACAUUUCGCCUAUCAGAACAGCCGCAUCAUUAUCUAUUUGGACCGCAAUGGUGAUGUGAAAAAGACUCCAAUCGUAGGAUAA